AUGAUAGGACCGAACUUCUUCGGCAUUUUCUGGCCAGGACGCAACGAUGGCGUCGGCUUCGAGAUUGUCUUGGUUGAGACACUUGAGACACCACCGCCACAGUUAGCCACUUCCCCGGAGCUGUCGAAGUAUGACAAGCUGUCAAAAUGCGACAUCGAAUACGAUGUGGCGGUGUUCAGACGAUGUGACCAUCCCCUUCGCCACUCGCAAGCCCGACAAUAUUUGCAUUGUUGGAGGAUUUGCGGAUACAUGUGUUAA